GUUAAAACAAAAGCACAAGCUGGAAGAGUGUCUUUGGAGAAAAUUUGAGAACUCAUCAACUGGUUGAAAAGAAGGUCUUGUUGGUACCCGCACCUCAGAGCCUCUUGAAAGAACAUGACUGGCCUUCCAGACAACACUCUGAGGAUUGUUCUGGUGGGGAAAACUGGAUGUGGGAAAAGUGCAACAGCAAACACCAUCCUUGGGAGAAGAGAAUUUAAUUCUAAAAUUGCUCCCCACGCUGUUACCAAGAAAUGUCAGAAAGGAGAGAGACAUUGGAAGGGGAGGAAACUUCUUGUUGUGGACACCCCAGGUCUCUUUGACGCCAAGGAGAAACUACAGACCACCUGUGAUGAAAUCCACAGGUGUGUCCUCCUCUCCUGCCCUGGUCCUCAAGCCAUCAUCCUGGUACUACAGCUGGGCCCCAACACGGAGGAGGAGCAGAGAACAGUUGCAUUGAUCAAGGCCAUCUUUGGGGUGGCGGCCAUGAAGCACAUGAUCAUGUUGUUCACUCACAAAGAUGAUUUGGGUGAUCAGACACUGAGUGACUUUUUAGAUGAAUCAGAUGUGAACCUACAAAACAUCAUCAAGGAGUGUGGGUCCCGCUGCUGUGCCUUCAAUAACAACCAGAAUGCAGAUGAGGCUGAGAAGGAAGCUCAACUGCAGGAGCUGGUGGAGCUGAUAGAGGAAAUGGUGUGGAAGAACGGAGGGGCUCACUUUUCUGAUGACAUAUACAAGGACACAGAUGAAAAGCUGCAACAUCAGUCAGGAGCCUUGGAGAAAAUCUAUGCUGAGAAAUUGUAUAAGGAAAUUAAACUAACAGAAGAGCAAUGUGAUCAGAGAAAAAUAUCACAGGAAGAAAAAGAGGAGAAAAUAAAAGUCCUAACAAUGAAGUAUGAAGAACGAAUUAAAGAUAUAAGAGGACAAGCUGAAAGGAAUAUAUUUGCAGAUAUUGCACAAAGGAUUAGGAAUAUGUUUUAAAAUCAAUGGCAAAGCUUUUUCAAAUAGUGUAAAUUUUCUUUUUUCUUUUUAAUUUGCCAUGAUUUGUUAAUGUGGUAGAUUGUAUUUUCAAAAAAUGGUUACAACAGUAUCUUCUAUCCCGCCUAUUCUUCUUAUAAUCUGAGCUUGCUUUUCCUUUUGUUGAGUUAUAUGGGUCUGUGCCACAGCCUUGCAAUUCCAUGGACUUUGUGACUGCUUUGGCAAAUAGUGGAUGGCUGUGACUUCUAAAGUUAGAUAGGGAGGAUGCCUCCUUGCUCUCUGGAGUAUGUGCCCUUGGCCCUUGCCCACCAUGUGGUGAGGAAGCCCAAGUUGUCCAUCGAGUCCACAUGAAGAGGACAUGAAAUCACUGGCUCACUCCCCUGGCUGCUCUUUCAUCUACAGCAGAAACAACUUGCCAGCCAUGCAACUGAGGCAACAUGGAAGCAGAUUCUCCAGCUGACAACUGAGCCAUCUCUGAGGAAGCUGCAAAGAGCAAAGAUGGGCCACCUCCACUGCACAGGUUUCAAGAGAAAAAUAAAUGAUUGUUGUUGCUUUAAACCAAUAGGCUUAGGGGUGGUUUGCUUUGCCGUGACAGCUAACCAGAAGCAUCCUCCCAUCAUUUCCCACCAACCCCCACAAUGCCAACAAACUGAAGAAGUUAGAAAAUGGCAUAAUCAUAAAAUAAUAUAUUAUGCAGAUUUGACAGGCUCAAUUUAGGCCAAUUCAAAUGAGAAAUCCUUCCUAUAUCAGUGUUAGCACCACUGGUGAUGCACAUUAUUUUAGUCCAUGUCUCUGAGCCCCUUGUUAGUGAAACAGCAGGAUUCUCCAGCAAGAUGGUUCUAUUGUCCAGCAGGAUAAUAAGCAGCUAGAAAAUUUCCUGGGCAAGUGGGAUGGGGAAACUGAGACAAGAAAAAUACACAAGGCCAAUCUGUUUGGGUGUUUUGCAGCCAGCUUGUGAAUCACUAAACUUUAUCUUUACCAACCAAGGACACUUGAGAGCAAAUGGUUUAUAUUCUCCUCUCUAACCAGAGGAUACAUAGCUUACGUCACCCUCAUCUGGGAAGUAGAGCACAAAGACCCAGUUAAAACUAUUUGUGCCAGCUAAACCCAAAGAUAGAAGAAGUCAGGGAACAAAUAACAAAAACCCAUUAAAGUCAGACAGACCUAAGAUAAAACAAAAACUGAUCAAAGAAUAAUUCCAAACUCCGCCAUACACUCAUUUUGAUGCAUCAGCAUAUUAAAAAAUGCACCUGGAAAGAUGGGGGGGGGGGAACGGUAUAGAAAGCCCUCAGGACAAAAACUCACUGCUUUAGAGCAGGUGCAUGCCCCUUCCAAGGCAUGAACUUUUUAUUUCUUCCUAAACUCUAAGGGUCCCCAUGAGAGACUUGCAGCCAGCAGAACACUGGACAGUGGCAGCUGGACCCAGACUCAGUCCUUGAUCCUGUCUCCAAGGACCCCUUGUCCCUGACUUCCUAGGGUGCUAAAGCAGCCCCGCCUUGGCUCAGUUCUUUCCUAUAACAUUUCCAGAGCCAAACCAGCCCUGCCUAGGCGCUCUGCUGUAGCUUCUUCUACCCUAAUCCCUUCCUUUAUUCCACUGUCCCCAGCUUUAAUAAACAUACUCUCAAA